AUGUUGCUUCCCACCGGCACUCCUCCUUCUAUAAGGAAAAUUAGCGAGAAAUACGAUAAAGUCUUCGAGGUCGGCUGCAGAGAAAUCGAUAACAGUAAGCCGCGAGCAAACGCCGCGUUUGUCGUCCUGGCUAGGAAUAAAGAGCUGGAGGGAGUACUCCAGUCUAUGAAGUCAAUUGAGCGCCACUUCAACCGAUACUACAAUUACCCUUAUGUCUUCUUGAACGACGGAGACUUUGAUGACAAUUUCAAGGAUACCAUCGCCAACUACACCAGUGCCGACGUCGAGUUUGGCAAGAUUGACGCUACAAUGUGGGGAUACCCCGACUGGACCGACCAUGAGGUAGCCAAGGAAGGCAUCCGCAAACAGGGAGAUGCGGCUAUCAUGUACGGAGGAAUGGAGAGUUAUCACCACAUGUGCAGAUUCUACUCCGGCUUCUUCUACAAGCACGAGCUACUACAGAAAUACGAGUGGUACUGGCGCCUGGAACCGGAAAUCAAAUAUUUCUGCGACAUCACCUAUGACCCUUUCCUGGAGAUGGCAAAGUAUAACAAGACGUAUGGCUUCACAAUUGCUGUCAAGGAACUCAAAGAAACUGUCCCCAACAUAUUUCGCUAUGCAUCUGCCUACAAACGAACCAACAACAUUACCUCCCAGGGCCUAUGGGAGAUGUUCCUCGAGGACCCCGUGGAAGAGGAAAAGCCGGCAGAAGAAGCCAACGUCCUCCCGGAUGAGAUUCUACAGACCCAGCCCGGUGCCGCAGGUCUCAAGGAUGUAGACCCAGAGGCAAUGGAAGGAGAGACAUACAACAUGUGCCAUUUCUGGAGUAAUUUCGAAAUCGCCCGCCUGGAUUUCUUCCGUAGCAAAGCAUACGAAGAUUUCUUCCAAAUGAUGGACAGGAGCGGUGGGUUCUGGAACGAAAGAUGGGGAGACGCUCCCAUUCAUUCUCUCGCUGCUGGAGCACUCCUAUCUCCCUCCGACGUCCACUACUUCAGAGACUUCGGGUACCGACAUACUACAAUUCAGCAUUGCCCCGCCAACGCCCCUGCCAGACAGCGCGUACGAGAUCCAUAUCUAGAACGAACCACUCUAGAUCCGAAACUACGCCAAGAAGAGGACGAAUACUGGGAUUCCCCUGACCCGCCCAAGGAGAAUGGUGUCGGCUGUAGAUGUCGUUGUGACACCGAUAUUGUGGACGUGGAAGGCAAACAUGGCAGUUGUCUAGCUGACUGGGUCAAGGUCGCAGGAGGAUGGGCAUCGCCAUAA